CUGAAGAUUUCAUUCCCUUUCAGAAUUGUAAACAGAGGUUGUAACACACUUGAUAUUUAUCCAUCACUCGGAAUAAAUGAGACGUUGGCUAAGGAAUUGAGGAUUUAUACAGCAGCGAUGCCCUGUGUUCAAACUCAGUAUGGAACUGUGCCCUACGACAACAACUACUACAGCUCUGAGUUCCUGAACCCUGAACUCAGUGCUAAGCUGACCAUGGACAUUGGUGCCGAGCGGGACCAGCUCACCGCCUCCUCCCUCCCCAGCAUCAACACCCUGGUGGGCAGCGGCUAUGUGGGCGAGUUUGACACCUACUCCUGCCAGAUCACCACCUCCGCCUCCACCGCCCCCUCCGGCUACUCAGCCGGCAGCGCCUCCAGCCCUCAGGCUCAGCACUCAGCCUUUAAACUGGACGACAUCCAGGUAUACAGCUGCUACCCGGGCUCCUUCGCCCUCAGCUACCUCGACGAGACGCUGUCCUCCUGCGGCUCCGAUUACUAUGGCAGCCCCGCAUCAGCCGCCCCCUCCCCACCCAACCCGGGCUUCCAGAGCCAGCCUGGCCCAGUCUGGGACUCACCCUUCAGCCCCUACUCCCCAGACCCUGGGUGCUGGGUGGCCGAUAAGUCAAGCCUGGCUCAGCAACCCUCCUUCUUCACCUUCAUCCCCACCACAGAGCAGCACUCCCCCCUGGGGCAGCACCAGGGCCCCCAGCAGGGUGAGGAGGACCCUUUCUUUCAGCCCUCCCAGAGGCAUGCCUCCCAGCUCCAUUAUGCCCCCUUGUCCCUAGACCAGGGGUCCAUGGACAGCCCCGGGCUCAUGGAGAGGCCCAUGUUGUCCCCUAAGACCGGCAGCCCCGGGGCCAACGAGGGUCGCUGUGCGGUGUGUGGGGACAACGCCUCCUGUCAGCACUACGGGGUCCGCACCUGUGAGGGCUGCAAGGGCUUCUUUAAGCGAACUGUACAGAAGAAUGCUAAAUAUGUGUGCCUAGCCAACAAAGACUGUCCAGUAGACAAGCGGCGAAGGAACCGCUGCCAAUUCUGCCGUUUCCAGAAGUGCCUGGGGGUGGGAAUGGUGAAGGAAGUCGUCCGCACAGACAACCUGAAAGGUCGCAGGGGUCGUCUGCCCUCUAAAUCCAAGACAGUGCUAGAGUCAGUGUCCACCACCCCACCCGUCAACAUCAUCGCCUCUCUUGUCAGGGCUCACAUAGACUCCAACCCCGCCAUCGGAAAGCUGGACUACUCCAAGUACCAGGAGACAGUGGCCAGCCUAUCAGAGAAAGAGGAUGCCAAUGACAUCCAGCAGUUCUACGACCUGCUGACAGGCACCAUGGAUGUGAUUCGGAAAUGGGCCGAGACCAUCCCAGAAUUCACCGCCUUCUGCCCGGAAGACCAGGAGCUGCUCCUGGAAUCUGCUUUCGUGGAACUCUUUAUCCUCCGGCUAGCAUACAGGUCGAGUCCUGAGAAAGACAAGCUGGUCUUCUGCAACGGCGUGGUACUUCACCGUAUGCAGUGUGUGCGAGGCUUUGGCGACUGGAUCGACUCCAUCAUGGACUUCUCCCAGAGCCUCCACCGCAUGAACUUGGACGUGUCCUCAUUCGCCUGCCUUGCAGCACUCGUCAUCAUCACAGAUCGCCAUGGCCUUAAAGAGCCCAAACGGGUGGAGGAGUUCCAGAACUGCCUCAUCACCUGUCUGAGGGACCAUGUGACCAGCAGUGGCUCCGAUGCGGGGAGGCCCCAGCCCAACUUCCUGUCCCGACUACUGGGGAAGCUCCCUGAGCUGCGCACCCUCUGCACCCAGGGCCUGCAGCGCAUCUUCUACCUGAAGCUGGAGGACCUGGUUCCCCCACCGCCCAUCGUAGACAAAAUCUUCAUGGAUACCUUACCUUUCUGAAAGGACAGAUAAAAAGAUGAAGAGGAGUGAUUAAGUGAUGAUGUGAGGGGACAAAAAUACGAUAAACUGAGGAGGUGAAUAGGGGGCCGUUGUCCGAGUCCAUUACAUUUGGGACUUCUGAGUGAUGAAUAUGGAUAGGAGGCACCCCCCCUCCACUGAAGUGGCGUGGCCUUGCCCCUUUCCAGUGCACUGACUUAAUGACAAGUGUCUGAUUCUGCCUGUAUUUUUCUCACAUUUAGUUUUAAAAACAAAGACCUGUGGGUGGCAGAAUUGGAUGUCUAUUUUCCAAUCUGUGGAAUUCUCAUGGACAUCAUCCAACAAGAGAGAAGAAGACACAGACACGAGUGGACAUUUCAAGUUUUUGGUCUCUUUUGUAAGUGUGAGUUUGUGGAGUGGCUUUAUCGCUAUGCAAAAUGUUUACGUUUGUUUCUUUGUAGGUUGCAAAAUAUUGGGAGACAGUUGGUGUGUAUGUACAGCUCUGAGGGAAAUAAACUGCAUAUGUUCACACCUGAACACCCACUUAAACCCAAGUUCUCAAAAAUCCUAUGGAGUCUUCACAUCCCAAUAGAUUUAAUUUAAUAGCUGUUCAAAGUUGACGCGUCGAGAGACAAACAGAGUCAAACACUGGGGUCUCCAGUUCACAAGCCUUUCUUAACGACAACUGUUAGGUCUUACAUUUCAAAAGUGAAUAUUUUCACUAAAACUGUUAUAAUAGCCAUUUGUAGUCCUGAUACCACACCUUUACAAGGUAUUGGACCAAAGGGAAGCUUUCCAUCUGUCUGCCUGCGGUGAUAGCUGGCUAUUGUUGUGACAUUUACAGCUCAUCAACCCCAAAGCCUUAAUGUUUCUAAAAAGGUGCCAUCAUUUUUACUCAAACCACACCAACAUUUCAUGUGGGUUUUAAUGGCAGGAAAAUCAUAUUACUGAAACAAAACAGUUAUUUUCCUUAACUCUAAUGUUAUAGCCAUGAGUCCUUAAAAAGAGAAACAUGCCAGCAGAAUUACAAUGUUUGAAAAGUGCCUUUAAAAAAAGUUUCAAAUCAUUAAAUAGUGACGAACUCCUGUGUAUUUAGGUUUUCAUUCCAACCAUCUCACUGCUAUAAAGUCUGUAAAUCUAUAACAUUCAAACAGACUUGGUGAAGUACGAUUGGCUGAAAUGAAAAUGUGCAUACCAAGAGAUACUUGAAAACAGAGGUUAGAAACCCCAUGAUUUGGAAUAGCCUAAGAAUAGUCCAGGGAUAAAAAUCAUAAAUAAAUUUAUUUUUAUGAAUGUGAACGAUUAUAGCAUAGUAUAGUUUCACAGUUUAGCUGUAACAUGGAUCCACUCAAACAUGUGACCCCAUAGCUUUCUAUCCUUAACUGUGUGUAUAUAUAAACCUCUGCUACUGCAAAUGUUGCCUUACACACGCUCCUUCAGGAGGAGUGUGUGCAGUUUUAUUAUAUGUUGUUUUUAUUUUGUUCUUGAAAUGAACUUCAAGUGAUUUCUUAAGUCAUUACAUGGUGAAAUGUGACAAAACCACGAGCAGCUAAGAGCACUUCAGCGUUCUAACACAGUAUAUAGAUUUAUAAAAAUGUUUCCUGCUUCUUUUUCUAUGUUUGUUUGUGACACGUGUGUAUACUUAUAACAUAAAUACUUUAUAUUUGUGAGUUUUCGUAAUGUGGUACAUAUAUAUAUUGAGGAAGAAAAAGUUUAAUAUUAAAAUACAAUUUCAAAAUACAA